GGGGGCAAUUGUCAGUUCAGUUUUCAUGCAUAACAAACUACAGAAGUACUAGCAUUUGUUUACACAACAAAUAAGAAGAGCAAAAUCAGAAUUUGUUAAAGAAUUUGAGAAUGAUGGUUUCAUAAUGACUAACACCAACCUAGUCUUAAAAUUCUAUCAUAAUUAAUUAUAGAUUGGUUAGUAAUUGUCAUCUAUGUUUAUGAUCACUAAAUUAAUCACUGAUGGAUGAAGACACUGAAGAGAAAGCAGCAGCAGCAUAUGACAUUGCAGCAAUCCAACAGAGAGGGCCAAAUGCACUCACGAAUUUCGACAUCAGCAACUACGCAGAUAAGCUCAGGGAAAUCCGAGAAGCUCAGUCCAAUGCACAGCCAAUCGAGGGUGGCGAAAGCAGCCGAGCCCGGGAAGCACAGCAGCUGCCUGAUGCCGAAGGUGAUCGUCGUCAUCCUCUUCUUCACAAUAACCGCCCAGCCGAAUUUACAGAACUACAACCUACUCAAGUCCUAAGGGAAGCGGAUUGUGUUUAUUCCUCGGCCUUGAAUGCCAUAGUUUCGGAUGAAGAUGAGUUUUUGAAGUUCUGGAUGAAGGCGGCGGUCGAUCCAUAUCCCGUACCUUAUGAGUAUGAGGCCGUGGAUGAAACGGCGGAAGGAGAAUCAUACUCGCUUGAUUGCUUUGAUGCUUUGAUGCUGCUUCGGAAUUUUUAAGCAGUUGACCCGCGCGGCCGGUGACCGCUAGAUUUGAAAUUUGAAGUCAUUAUUUUAUUAAUUUAUUUACGAAUUGCUUAAUACGUGCAAUAGAACUGAGGCAUAAUAUAUAAUGUUUCGUGUAUGUCACUUUUUACUGUUGUUAGGGUUGUAAUUUGUAAAGAAAGAAUACAUAACUCGAAGAAGAUUUUAAUCAAAAAAAACUCGAAGACAAUGUUCUUAGUAUGAUUAAAUUGUAACAUUAUGAAAAAAAAUGAAGAAAAAUGUUUAUAUAUUAAUUUU